CUUCUCUUUCCGUACGCAUACGUCAUUUAAAGUGAGGUUAUAAUCAAAAUUAUUGUGAUUCGCUGUUGUUGAAUGUGUGUAGUGAUUUGAUUUGGAUUCGAUAUGGUACGGAAACUGAAAUAUCAUGAGCAGAAAUUGCUGAAAAAGGUCGAUUUUAUAAAUUGGAAAGUUGACAAUAAUCUGCAUGAAGCCAAAGUGUUGAGGAAGUAUCAUAUACGGAAACGAGAAGACUAUACCAAAUACAACAAAUUAUCCCGAAACAUUCGAGAAUUAGCUGAAAAAAUCAGCGCAUUGGAUGCGAAGGACCCUUUCCGAACCGAAUCGAGCGGUCAGCUGUUGGAGAAAUUGUACGUUCUAGGAUUGAUUCCGACGAAAUGGGACCUCAAUAACGUCGCCAACGUAUCAGCUAGUUCGUUUUGUCGAAGACGACUACCGGUGGUGAUGGUUCGAAACAAAAUGUCAGAAAACAUCAAAAAUGCAACAGAUCUCAUCGAACAAGGACAUGUUCGAGUCGGUGCUGAAAUGAUUAAGGAUCCCGCAUUCCUGGUGUCACGAACGUUAGAAGAUUUUGUUACAUGGGUUGAUGGUUCAGCGAUACGGAGACAUAUUUUGGAAUACAAUAAUAUUAGAGACGAUUUUGAACUGUAAGAUAUGGCGUGUAGCUAUAAGUUGUUUACCUUUGAAUAAAUGUUAUUAAGUCG